AUGUCUGCCAACCUGGACAAGUCUCUGGACGACCUCGUCGGCAACCGUCGCCAGAGCGCCCGCCGCCGCGGAAACCGCCGCGUCGCCAACAAGCCCUCCACUGUUGGAGGCGUGAAGAAGUCGGCCAAGCCCACCAAGGCUGCCGCAAAUGCAGUCCACCCUGCCUCUGCUGCAGCGACUGCUUCUAGCAAGAUCAUCGUGAGCGGGCUGCCUGCCGAUGUGUCUGAGGCCAAUAUCAAGGAAUACUUCACCAAGUCUGCAGGCCCUGUCAAGAAGGUGAUGCUCACCUACAACCAGAAUGGCACCAGCCGUGGCAUUGCAUCAAUCAUCUUCGGCAAGGCCGACACUGCUGCCAAGGCCGCCAAGGACCUGAAUGGCCUCCUUGUCGAUGGCCGUCCCAUGAAGAAGUCUCAGCCCAAGCCCGCCACUGCCGCCAAGCCUGCCAACGCCAACCGUGGUCGUGGUCGCCCCGCCGCCCGUGGCCGUCGUGGCCGCAACCCUGGCCGUGGCAAGCCCAAGACCGUUGAGGAGCUCGACGCCGAGAUGGUUGACUACUUCUCCAACGAGAAUGCACCCGCCGACGGCAACGCCCCCAACGGAACCGCACAGCAGGCCAAUGGCGGAGAGGACCUCGGCAUGGCCGAGAUUUCGGUAAGUUUUGUUGAUGCAUUGUCAACUUCAAUCCCAGUACUGACACUCGACUAG